CUGCAGAGAGACGUUGAAGUAAUCCUGGAAGGAGUAUCGAAUCAAAAUUUUGUAGGUUCUGUGAUCCAUCCGAAAGGAAAUAUUGCCGAAUUGUUGCUGAAUGAAGGCUUUGCAAAAUGCGUGGACUGGUCAAUCACUCUGGCAACAUCGGGGCCAGAAGUACUUCGCGCCGCAGAAAAACGAGCAAAAGACAAAAAAUUGCGACUAUGGCGUAGCUAUCAGCCAUCAAAUCAACUGAGUUCUGAUAAGAAGACAUUCUCGGCAAAAGUAAUCGAGAUCAACAUGGGUGAUGCAAUGAUCAUACAGAGGGAGGACGGCACUGAGACGAAAAUAUGGCUUUCAUCAGUACGACCGCCAAGGGAGGAAAAUCCAAGUCGUGAGACGGAAAACAAAGUUGGUCGGCAAUUUCGACCACUCUACGACAUCCCAUAUAUGUUCGAGGCACGAGAAUUUUUGCGUAAACGUCUGAUCGGUAAAAAAGUUCAGGUCACAAUCGAUUAUGUUCAGCCAAAAUCCGAACAGUUCCCUGAAAAAGUCUGCUGUACAGUAAUGUCUGGUGGUUUGAACGUCGCUGAAGCACUUAUUUCCAAGGGACUCGCAAAAGUUGUGCGAUACAGAAUUGAUGACGACAAUCGCUCUUCACAAUAUGAUGCUUUGCUAGCUGCGGAGGCGAAAGCGGAGAAAAGCAAAAAGGGUUUAUUUGCAGACAAAGAUGUGGGCGAAAAAGGCUCUGUUUUAAGAAUACAGGAACUGCAAGGAGAUGCUCAGCGUUCAAAGCAAUUUUUACCAUAUUUGCAACGUUCCGGACGUUCGGAGGGUGUUGUCGAGUUCAUAGCGUCCGGUAGUCGGGUUCGACUCUAUGUGCCUAAGGAGACGUGCCUUAUAACAUUUUUGUUCUCGGGUAUAAACUGCCCUCGUGGUGCUCGUCUUGGUCCGGGCGGUAGAUUGAUCGGUGAAAAUGAGCCGUAUGCCGAAGAAGCCGUCAAAUUUACUCGCUUAAAAGUUCUGCAGCACGAGGUGGAAAUAGAAGUGGAAGGAAUGGAUAAAUCAGGAAGUUUCAUUGGUUAUAUGUUCGUUCAAACGGAACAGGGUCUUUGCAAUAUGAGUGUAGCACUGGUCGAGAACGGCCUGGCAACUGUGCAUUUCACUGCCGAAAAAGGUGCUUAUUAUUCACAGCUCUGUGCCGCUGAAGAACGAGCCAAAAAGGUUGUCAUCUUUUUUUAAAC